UUGUAUCAUAUAUUCUAGACUGUUGCACAAUAUCUUUUCUAAAAGAAUGACAAAUGAGCAGCAAUCUGUCUUUUGUAACCAAAUGCAGAGUGAAGCAUUUGGUGAGAUUAAGAUAGAUCAAAGCCUUAUUCAACGACGAAAUGCUAAUUACAAGCCAAACAUUUGGAAUUACGACAUCUUGCAGUCUCUUAAAAGCGAAUAUUCAGAUGGGAAAUACAUAACAGAAGCUCAAAAGUUGAAAGAGGAAGUUUUAUGCCAUCUGGCAGAAAUAGUGAAUCCAUUGGCCAAAUUAGAGCUUAUAGACAGCAUAAAUAAAAUGGCUCUCUCCCAUCUCUUUGAGAAGGAGAUCAUGUUGUGUCUACAAGACAUGGAAUAUGCAAAGAAGAAGGAUUCUGGCGGUGAAAUGGAUCUCUAUUCUACUGCCUUAUAUUUUAGAAUUUUUCGGCAGCAUGGCUAUAAAGUGACACAAGAUGUAUUCCUUAGCUAUAUGGAUAAAUUGGGUGAUCAAUUCGAGGUAGACGCAAACAUGGAUCCAAAAGCAAUGGUGCAACUAUUUGAAGCCUCUCACUUGGCCUUAGAGGAUGAAAAUAUGUUGAAUCAGGCUAGAAUAUUUUGCACUAAGAAUCUAAAAAGUUCAAAUAUUAUUCCCAUGGAAAUGCCACUGCAUUGGCAGGUGGAAUGGUACAACACCAGAGGGAAAAUAUCUAAACAGGAAAAUGAACAAAGGGGGCCAAACUUUAAACUUCUUCAACUAGCUAAACUCAACUUUAAUAUGGUCCAAGCUGAGCAUCAGAAAGAUCUGGUAGAUAUUCUGAGGUGGUGGAGAAAACUUGGACUGAUAGAACAUCUAAGCUUCAGCAGAGAUAGAAUUGUCGAAAGCUUUUUGUGGUCAGUUGGCGUUGCUUUCGAGCCUCAGCAUUCUAAUUUCAGAAAUUGGCUCACCAAAGCCAUCACUUUCAUUAUACUAAUUGACGAUGUUUAUGACAUUUAUGGCUCUUUACAACACCUACAACUCUUCACCAAUGCUGUUGUCAGAUGGGGCCCUAAGGAGGUUGAGCAACUUCCAUUAUGUAUGAAAACCUGUCUUUGGAAACUAUAUGAUACUACAAAUGAUGUAGCACUUGCAAUUCAGCAACAAAAAGGUUGGAAAUUACCAGUGUCCACAUAUCUACAAAAAGCGUGGGCUGAAUUUUGCAAAGCACUGCUUGUGGAAGCUAAAUGGGAUGCAAAGGGUUAUACACCAUCAUUUUCUCAUUAUUUAGAUUAG